AGUAACCACUGAGGGUGAGGGCAUCCCAGUCUGCAAAGCUGUGCACAAAAUACAAAAUUUCUAGCUACGAAUUCGGUGCCCGCAAUGCUUUCGGUGUCCCGCAUUGCGGUCGGGAACGUGCGCUCCGUACAGCCGACGUUUGUACGCGCCCGUAAGCAUGUUCUCGCUGGAGGCUUCUCCCAAACGUGUGGCAACCGACGAUGGAUUUCCAUCAAGGAAACGGAACAUAAAGCGGUGGCCAGCACAGGUGGUCCAACAUGUCUGCCACCCCCACCUCCACCCCCAAAACCAUCUUACACAGGAUACAUACUCGGGGCCAUCGCACUCACAGCGGGUGGGCUAGGGCUCGCAUACUACAACGGUCUCUUCGAUGGACCUCCACCUCCAGCACCGGUAGAUGACACAAAGGAAGAUCCGGCACGAAAAAAGCGCACAUAUCCAGCAUCUUCCAAAGAUCUUCCCAAACACGUUCCAUACCUGCUGAUCGGUGGUGGAACGGCCAGUAUUGCCGCUUUCCGAUCGAUUCGUGUGCACGAUCCCAAAGCAAAGGUAAUGAUGAUAACCAACGAGCUCGAAAUGCCCUACAUGCGUCCACCACUCUCGAAGGAACUGUGGUUUAAUCCGGCCGACACAGAACCGCUCAAGUUUCGGCAGUGGAACGGAAGCGAACGAAGUAUAUUUUACGAAUCGAAUGAUUAUUACAUCGAUCCAAGCAAGCUAAGUGAAGCACCCAAUGGAGGGGUGGCUGUUGCCCGUGGUUACGAAGUACACCGAUUGGAUGUGGUCAAUCAGAAAGCUAUCCUAACCGAUGGUACGGAAAUAACGUACGAUAAGUGUCUGAUUGCGACUGGUGCAAGGCCAAAAAAUUUGCCCAUUUUUGAGUCGGCCCCAAGGGCUGUCCGGGAGCGUGUUACCCUGUUCAAGAGUGUACACGAUUUUGAGCAACUAUCCGCACAGCUAGACGAUGGCAGCCGGGUUGCAAUUAUUGGUGGAGGAUUCCUUGGCAGUGAGCUGGCCUGUGCUCUUUCCAAGUCGGAACAAACGCGUAAGAAAAAGGUGGAAGUCUUUCAACUGUUUCACGAAGGUGGCAAUAUGGCGAAAGUACUUCCGGAAUAUUUAAGCAGCUGGACGACUGAACGGUUGCGCGAGGAGGGUGUAAAGGUGUGGCCUAAAACGCAAGUUAAGGCGGUGGAAAUGCAAGGCACCAAACUUAAGCUAACACUCGUGGACGAUAGUGUACUGCUGGUGGAUCGCGUAAUAGUGGCGGUUGGCUCGGAACCGAAUACGGACCUUGCGAAGACUUCCGGGUUGGAGGUGGACGGUAAAAAUGGCGGCUUCUUGGUGGAUGCAGAGUUACGCGCACGGUCGAAUGUGUUUGUGGCUGGAGAUGCGGCUUGCUUCUACGACACAAAGUUCGGCAGAAGAAGAGUGGAACAUCACGAUCAUGCGAUCGUAUCGGGACGAUUAGCUGGCGAGAACAUGGUUGGACUGAAUAAGCCUUACACACAUCAGAGCAUGUUCUGGUCGGAUCUUGGUCCACGGAUCAGUUACGAAGCCAUUGGUCUAAUUGAUUCCACCCUACCAACGGUAGCCGUAUUCGCUAAGCGGACGGCAGAAGAGCUGUCCCGGGCCGCAGUUCCAACUGUUGCUGCUGCUGCUGCUGCCGGUGGUAACGAUUCGGAGAAGCUUCAGGCAGCAAAUGCCAACGUAGGAAGCGUUAUGGAAGCGAAAAACGUGUCCAUGGUUCCGUUGUCCGAGCAAGCAAAGCCAACAGAAAAGCCAGUAAAGGAACCGGUGGAAGAUGGUAGCUUCGAUAAGGGUGUAAUAUUUUAUCUACGCGAUAAGAAGGUAGUCGGCCUGGUGUUAUGGAACGUGUUUAAUCGGAUGGGAACGGCACGCAAAAUUCUCGAUCAGCACACCGAGUAUGAUGAUUUGAAUGAGGUUGCGAAGCUAUUUAAUCUUCACGAACGACCCGCGGAAGAGGUGGAAACCGAGGCCGAGCAGUAG